AUGGAUAUAACAGCAAGAGACCUCAAGUGCCUAGCGAUUGGUGCCGUGGCGUCUGUGGGACUUACUGCUCUUCUAAGCUCACAGUACCACACUAACAUACAUAAAGCAUGCCGCAUCAUCGACUCACCAUUGCCGUCAGUACAAAAGGCCCUGACGAAGGAACAACAAAAGAGGCUUCCCUACGCUCCUGAUGCUCUCGAGGGUGCAAGAGACGUUUCGACGCCCUUUGGUAAUAUAAGAGUAUAUGAAUGGGGACCAGAAGAGGGCAAGAAGGUUUUGCUAGUGCAUGGAAUUAGUACGCCAUGUAUAGCUCUAGGUGGGCUGGCAGAGGAGUUGGCAAAGAAAGGUUGUCGAGUGAUGUUGUUUGAUCUGUUCGGUCGCGGCUUCUCAUCAACCCCUGAUCCAUCCGUCCAACCUCAAGACAUCCAGCUCUUCACCACUCAAAUCUUACUAGUCCUCUCCUCAUCCCCACUGAGCUGGACAGGAGAUGACAAUCGAUUCAGUCUAAUCGGGUACUCACUGGGUGGAGGAACAGCUGCAUCAUUUACUUCUUACUUCCCACACCUGAUCGAGUCCCUCGUGCUCAUCGCACCAGCAGGUCUCAUGCGAUCCACCCGCAUCCACUGGACCAGCAAGUUCCUCUACGGUGGAUUCCUUCCUCGCAGGUUAGUCGAGUAUCUGGUAUGGAAGCGUCUCGGCGGUACCAGUAGCGCUCCAACAUCUUCCCAGACCAUCGGAGACAACAGCAAGGUCACUGCCACCCAAACAGCAGGAGAGGAAAUGCCAUCCCAUCCAGCACUCGCCCCCGACUCCUCAGCCCAGAUCUCCACCCGCAGACCUUCUGUGAGUAUAGCAGACGUCGUUUCCUGGCAACUCACCCACCACGCCGGUUUCGUUGCCUCCUUUGUCUCAAGCAUCCAACACGCACCCAUAAGCGGCCAACACUCAUCCUGGAAAGCCAUCGCAGAUGCACAACAAUCCCUCCCCACAAACCAGCGUCUCCUCGAAGGCAAAGUGCUACUGCUGCUAGGUAAAGACGAUACCGUAGUCGUUGCAGACGAAAUGUGCGAAGAUGCACAGCAAGUGAUGGGCCCUGCAGUCGACAUCCGUGUCCUAGACGGUGGCCACGAACUCCCCGUCACAGACGCCGAUAUCGUCGCUCAGACAAUUCUNAGAUUUCUGGAACCAAGAAGUCGCAUAAUAUCAGCGUCGGACAGACCCACGGUUUUAAGCGUGCAUGUCCUGUCGUGUAUCUGUCAUGCGUCCAACCCGCAUGCCGCAUCGCUUGUUGAGGAUGGCAAAAAUUUGAACCAGGUCACAUGA